ACAAAGCCUACGCUGUCGACCUACCUGGCCAAGAACUACAGCUACAUCAUUCACGCUAAAGUCAAAAGCGUAGAAAGAGGGAACUGCAACGAGAUAACGACUGUGGUUGAAGUCAAAGACAUACUUAAGUCUUCGAUGCCAAUUCCUCUGUCUCAAGUGCCUCUUCUUACAAAUUCCUCCUGCCAGUGUCCCCCUCUUCAGCCGAAGCAGGAUGUUCUCAUCAUGUGCUAUGAAUGGCGCUCAAGGUUGAUGCUUCUUGAUGGGUGUCUAGUUGAAAAAUGGAAGGAUCAACUAAACAAGAGAUUUAAGAGGUGGGAACAGAGACUGCAAGAACAAAAGCUGCGAACGGCCCGCAGUAAGAACCAGAACGCAGGACGCAGCGGUCAGAGCGGAGCCCCAAAACCAUCAACCAAGAACACCAGCCCGCUCGUCAGUGGCCCCAAAAAGGCCAUUAAAAUAAGAAAUGGCCAGAAAGAAAUCAACCCUAAAAAAGUAUGA